AUGGUGGCUCCCUCCGGUGCCCGGCGGAGGUCCCCGCCCUGGGAGUGGUCCAACGGCGCCGGGUUCGCGGGAGACGUUUGUCAGAGAUCGCCGAAACACCGCCCGGGCGCUCUCGAGACUGCGGCUCCUCGGGCGAGAGCAGGCAGUGCGCAAGCGCACUCCGCGCUCGCCCCGCCCCGUCCCCGGGCCUCUCGCUUCCUCGGCCUCCGGAGUUGCGCCUGCGCGGAGGCUUUCCGAGUCCGUCUCCUAGGACGCCCGGCUGAGGCCGCGCCUGCGCAGUGCUGCCGGUCGGCCGCUUUAUUAAUCUGGCCCGCAGUGGGGCGGGGGCACCUGGCUACCUACCACCGGUUGACCGAGGGAGGCGCACCUGGAUCGCACGUCCCCCAGAGGACCCAGGGCUGCGGCCCCCGCCCUCGGCGCCGCCCCGGGGCCGCAGUCCCCGCGGCAGCCCUUCAGGCCCGCACCCCUGCCGCUGCAGUGCGACCGGGGAGGCCCCCUGGACGAGCGCCGGCUGGUCGCCCACCUGCAGCUGGCCCUGGGUCGCGAGGCGCGCCUGUGGCGGGGCGGCCACCCCCAGGUAGCGGGCCCCGCGGCGGGGGCCUCCCGGGAGCACGUUCACCCCCCUCCCCGCGCGCGCACGCGACGCGGCCGGGCUCCACCUGUGUCCGCGCGCAGGUGAGACGCACCCCGGGUGCCGGGACCUUCCCCAGGUGCGGGCUGAGCACGAGGCCCGAGGCGGGAAUCGUGGGCCCCUCUCGCAGAAGAGGAGUCGAGAUCCGCCACACGGUCCGGGAACUCGUGUUGUGGCUCCUGGAGGUUAAGAACAUUUUUCACUUCUCCCAGACCACGUUUAAUCUGGCUCUCACUACCUUCAGCCGCCUCCUGGUUUCGCUAAAGAUGAGAGAGAGAAUACUCCAAUGUGUCAUGAUUACUUCCUUGAGACUCGCUGCCAAAGUUAAUGAAGAAGAGGAGUUAAUUCCACGCGUAAAAGACUUCUUAAAGCACUAUGGCUCUGGCUAUAGCCCGAAUGAGCUGCUGAGGAUGGAGCUGGCUAUUUUGGACAAACUGCACUGGGACCUCUAUAUUGGGACGCCGCUGGACUUCUUGACCAUAGUAAGUACGAGGGGUUGGCAGAGUCCACUCUAGACUCAUUGGUACCUUUGGAACAGCUGUUCACAACAUAGGACGGCCAAGCACAGGUGUGCACAU